AUGUCUUCGCGACUUGCUUCCGCCUCGAAGAGCCCUCCAAAGAGGGUUACCAUGCCUCCUCUGCCUCUACCCAUCCCCACAGCUCUUUCAAGAGCUUCAACUCCGCCUUCUCCCUCCCCCGCCCGUGGUAUGGGCUCUCUAGAGACUGAAAUGGGCUUCCUAUCAGUCGGCACUACCAAUACACGUCCUAGCUCGUCUGCUACCUCCCCCCUUGCUGGGGCUGGCGUCACUCCUCUUCGAGAGGAUGAUGUCUUUGCUUAUGCUCCUCCAACCGGUCCCGCUGCCCUUCGUGGCCUUCCCGGUCAUAUUUCCCAACGCGUUGAUGCAAGCUUCCGUGGUCCUGCUACUGCCUUUGGCAGCUUCGAACCUCGCGCAGACCGCCUCAUACAAGGACCAAACGCAAGAAAUGCGCAAGGAAUCUUUCCUCCUGAAGCUCUCAUUUUUGUCGCCAAUUUGUCAAGUCAGAAGACUGUGGAGCAACUCCAACAGUCCUGCCACGAAGUCUUUGACGAGUUCGGCACUUGCCACAUCUUUGUCAAAUACGACCCACGCCGUCAUCCGUUUGCUUUUGUUCAGUUUGAGAACGUCGAAGAUGCGAAUCAAGCAAUGACCUACACCACAGACCUUGAGCUGGAUGGCCGCAAGAUUCGUUUGGAGCGUGGAAAGGCCGACCGUGCUGUCAUAAUGUCAAAGAAGGAUGGAUCUGCUCUGACAGAAGCUGAAGCUCGAGGAGUGCUUGAACCGUACGGGAAAGUCGAGCUCUGUGUGCCUGCGGAAAGCAACCACCUAAACAUCCGCGGGAUGUACGUCAAAUUCGCAUUCUAUCUCGACUGCCGUGAUGCUCUAAAGAGUCCCUACACUAUCGUCCUUGCUCCGGCAAUGGAGCCACGCUUCAACCUUGGACCUGAUGGGUUGCUUAUGGUCCGUGGCUUCGCAAGUCCCCGUUCCAUCAUGGAUGCAAGAUCAAUCUUUGUCGGCAACUUGCCUGAAUUCGCCACUCGCCCAGAGGUUGAAGCUCUAUUCCAGGAAUUCGGCAGCAUCAUACAGACAAACAUUAUCAAGAAGGCUUUCACCGACGGAGGAAUCAACGUCUUUGCAUUCGUUGAAUUCGCACACCCCAACGAAGCAGAUCGAGCAUCUCUCGCCGAGCGUGAACUGCAUGGAAACAAGCUCCGAAUCGAGCCCAAAGAAUACUCUUCUCGCCGAGCAUCUCGGUUCAACAUUGAAAAGCCCAUCGUUCAUCAUCAUGCUCCUCGCUACAACCACAACCACAACAACAACCACACGGGUCCUAUGAUGAUGAAUAGGGGUGGUGGAGGAGGAGGACCACGCGCGUACGACUACAACUACCACCACCCUUCUUCUUCGGCGGCGGCGGCGGUGGUGCGACAAUUUCCAGUCUACACCAACAACACCUCGACUCCGUACCACAACCCUCCGGGAGCUCCUACCCUCUACCAUGCUCAGCCCAUCUUCAACCCGAUGAUGACGCAAGUCGAAACUCCACCUCACCACAGCUACGGGAUGAACAACAACGGCCAAGGCUACGGACACGGUCACGGUCAUGGACAUCAGAGCAACAUUGCAGCCCUGCCAGGUUCGGCGGCAGCAUACCAAACCCCUCCGUCGUCGUCCAACAACUACGCCCAGCACGCCCUCCCUUUGGGUUUGUUCACUCCCACUCCUCAGGGCAACAACAACGACUACGGCGGCGGCAGCUACGCUUCUUCGCAUCCGUGGGUGGUUCCCAACAACGGCGCCGCGCCGGGACAUCAUUACAACACCAACACCGACAACGAAGGCACCUACUGGCGCUAG